AUGAUCAAAACUCUGAACCCUAAUUACCCAAAUAAUACAGCAAAAACGGCUGAGAUCAUGUCAAGGUAUAGGCCAAUAGCUCCAAAGCCAGAUACCAAUAAUUCCUCAUCAAGCUCCCUCACUGAUAAUAAUGGCUCCAACAGCAGCAACAGCAACAAUUCACUCUCUCAGAAGAUCAAGAAUUCUCCUUAUCUUAGGAGUCUCUGGCCACAGCUUCAAGCAAGACCAACAAGGACUAGAAAGAGAGGUAGAGCCCCAAUUUUAACACUUCCACCUUCUUCACUCUUUAAAAGGCAAAAACCCAACAACACAAAUAAUCUUCUACUAGGAUUUUAUCCAUCUACCACAAAGAACCUAAUUUCAUUACAAAGUUUGAAUUUUGUUCCUCCUCAUCAACAACUCGGUAAUCCUCUCUCUAAUCAUGCAAUUGGGGUUCUUAAUUGUCAAUUAGAAACCACUAAUAAUGAUGUUAGCACUAUUUGUAAUUCCACUACAAGCCCAAGUUUGGUUACACUUCCACUUCUUCCAUGUUCACCUUCUUCUUCUACUUCUUCCAUCCAUCAACCACCAAAAUUUGACUUAACCAACAACAACAAUGCUUUCAAAGAAGUAACAUUUGAUCUGAAUUUGACUGCGAAGUUGCACAUCCCGGAAGAGAAGGAUCUCUUGCAACAACUUCAGAGGCCGGUGGCGACGACGGCGACAGCAGCAACAAAUAACAAUGUGGUAGUAGUAGCUCCUCAGCCGGUUCGACCGGUUGGUUCCUCCAUAAGCGUUGGUUGCAUCAAUGAAGAUGCAAUAACAAUGGCAAUUCAAGAUCAGAAUCUCAAGAGAAAACAAGAGGUUGAGGAUGAGGUUGAAACCGAGACAUUACCAGCAAUUAUAACAGACUCAAAAAACCGGGUUAGGAUGGUAAAUUCCUCAUACAAGGAACUAGUUGGUCAACCAGAAUGUCCAUGGCUUGAAUCCAUGGUAACAAGCAUUCAAUGUGGGUCAUCAGCACCAUCAUCAACACCAUCAUCAUCACCAAGAUCAUCAUCUCCAAGAAGUAACAAGAGGAUAAGUGGUGAAGUAGCACUUCAAGUCUGUGAUGAUUCAAUUAAGAUACCAGAUUCAUCAUCAUCAAAUGGAUUCUCUUGCUGGGUUAGGAUUGAAUGGCAAAGCAGUGAAGAUCAGAGGAGGAAGUUUUGUGUGAAUGCUUUGUGUGAUGUUACCAAGUUGUGUUGUGAAUCGAGGGAUUAUGUGUUCUCAUGGAGGUUCCACACACGUACCAGAGAAGCUUCUCAAUCUAGUUGCAAUCUUUAA